UCUGCAGUCGGGUUCGAGUACGCUGGGAAGACGGAGAAACACGCCUCUCAGAAAGACUACUCCACUGGGUUUGGGGGGCGGUACGGCGUGCAGGCGGACCGUGUGGACGAGAGCGCGAUGGGAUUCGAUUACCAGGGAAAAACCGAGAAACACGAGUCCCAGAAAGAUUACACCAAAGGCUUCGGCGGGAAGUUCGGCGUCGAGACCGACAAAGUGGACAAGAGCGCCGUCGGCUUCGAGUACCAGGGCAAGACGGAGAGGCACGAGUCUCAGAAAGACUACGUGAAGGGUUUCGGGGGAAAGUUCGGCGUGCAGACGGACCGACAGGAUAAAUCAGCGCUGGGUUGGGAUCACCAGGAGAAACUGCAGCUGCACGAGUCUCAGAAAGACUAUAAGCGAGGGUUUGGAGGGCGUUAUGGGGUAGAGAUGGAGAAGCAGGACCAGUGUGCUCUGGGCUAUGAGCACAAGGAGAACCUGGCCAAGCACGAGUCCCAGAAAGAUUAUUCAAAAGGAUUCGGAGGAAAGUUUGGAGUCCAGAAUGACCGAAUGGAUAAGAGUGCUGGGACGUUUGAAGACGUGGAGAAGCCGACCUCGGCCUAUCAGAAGACCAAACCUGUGGAGGCUGCUGGCAGCAGCACAGGAAGCAUCAAGGCCCGCUUCGAGAACAUCGCCAAGCAGAAGGACGAGGAGGACAAGAAGAGAGCGGAGGAGGAGCGAGCUCGUCGGCAGGCCCGAGAGCGGCAGGAGCAGGAGGAGGCGCGCCGUAAGAACGAGGAGGAGCAAGCCAGAAACCCGUCUCCUGUCCCCGAACCAGAACCCAGUCCCACUCCCAGCCCGACUCCACCGGUCCAGCCGGCCGCCCCAGUUAAGCUGCCGGCAGCCGCUGC